AAAGCACGAUUGCCUAAAGUAGACUCAAAUAAAAUUAAAACAACCUCCCUCUCACUCUCUAGAGCCGGUGAAAAAAGAAAGAGUCUACCACCUGAGGAUAUCGACAAAAAGUUUAAAAAAGGAAAGUUUGGAAAACCAUGUAUCAAAGGAUCGAUGUACGCACGCGAUGUCACGGAAGACAGUAAUGUCACCUCGACUCUUUACGUAAAAAAGGGAAAGUAUGGAAAACCACCCAUUAAAGGAACGAUGUAUAUAAUACCCGAUUUCAAGGAAGACAGUAUGGCGCCCUGUUUACUACCUAGAGCUGCAGGGAUAAAAAAGAAAAGGGUACAGGCUGAUGCUAGCGACAGGACAUUUAAAAAAGCAAAGCAUGAAAAACUUUCCAUUGUGGGUUCAACGUAUCAACGUGAUGUCGCGAAAGACGGUAAUGUCUCUUACUUCUCGCCCCCCCCUCCCCAACACAUCGCCCAAUUAGAGGUAGUGUACGGUGGGCCGGUGGGACACUGCUAUCUCCAAAUUCUGGAAAAUAUGAUCCGCCCUGUGGCAUCUGGAGUUGUAAACGAUGAUAUCAAUAUAUGUAAGCGGAAAAGAACACUGGAAAAGAAUAGUACAAUUCAAACUCCAGUACGAUGUCCGAGUGUAAUACAAUUGGGAAAAUUUGAAGUGGAGACUUGUUAUUCAUGUCCAUUUCCACAGGAAGAGAAUUCUCCGAGAUUAAUAUUUUGUGAAUUUUGUUUAAAAUACACUAAAUGUCAAUCGAUUUUGGAAAGACAUAUGCGACACUGUAAUUGGAGAACACCACCAGGCACAGAAAUUUACCUAAGUGGAGAUUUAAGCGUUUUUGAAGUUGACGGAAAAGUAGAUAAAACGUAUUGCGAAACACUAUGUCGAUUGGGAAAAUUAUUUUUGGACCUAAAAACUCUGGACUUUGGCGUUGAACCGUUCUUAUUUUACAUUGUGACGAAAAACGACGGUUUUGGCUGUCAUUUGGUUGGUUAUUUUUCAAAACUCAAACAAAAUGAAGAAAAUUUUAAUGUAGCUUGUAUCGUAAUCAUGCCACAGUACCGAAGACAAGGGUAUGGACGAAUUCUCAUCGAAUUCAGUUAUCUUCUAUCUAGAAUUGAAAAUCAACCAGGUACGCCAGAAAAACCGCUUUCCGGUUUGGGUAAAAUUUCAUACGAUGCGUAUUGGAAAGGUGUCAUUCUACAAUAUUUACAUCAACACAGAGGCAUUGACAACAUCUGCAUCAAUGAUAUUAGCAGUGAAACUGGUUUAAUGAGACAAGAUAUUAUAGACACUUUCCAAUCUCUGCACAUGGUUGUGGAAAUCUAUAAAGAAAUGACAAUUUGUAUAGACUGGAAUGUUGUAGAUUCUCACAUAAAGAAGAAAAUUGAAUUAAACCAAGUUCACAUUGCUCCCGAUAGGUUGAAGUGGACACCAUCAAAUUUAUCGGAUGGCCAAAACCUGCAGUUUUCAUCAAGUGCAUUCCAAGUGGCUAACCCUAGUGUACGUGUGCGCGGCCGGCAUGUACCUGGUUUACACGUCGCCACUGAUGAUCGUGUUGUGCGCUUCGUGCUUUGUGUUCCACAUGGCCGUAUUCGAGUACUUUUACGUGGACAGGUGCACCGCCGAAUUUACUAUGUUCACCAGCUGAUGGCCAAUUUUCACUUUACACCUCAAAAAUCCAAAAUGGGCGCUGAAAAAGUAACCAUGAACAUCGUCGUCGUCGGACAAGCCCAAUCUGCCAAGGCCAUCAAAUCGGUCGCCAAAGCCACUCCAGCCACCAGCCUAGAGUUAACAAUUCUUUGA